AAACAAUUCCCAGUAAUUUUUUCCUUCUUCUUUUCGUAGAUCUCAGAUAUAAAUUCUUAAAAAUUCUCUUCGUUUUUUCUUUUCUUCUGAGGUUAAUAAAUGGCCUCAAUUCCUUCAAGUCCUCGUACUGUAGAAGAGAUCUUCAAAGAUUACAACGCUCGUAGAACUGGCAUAGUUCGUGCUUUAACUUAUGAUGUGGAUGAAUUCUACAAUCUGUGUGAUCCAGAGAAGGAAAAUUUGUGUCUGUAUGGACAUCCAAAUGAAACUUGGGAAGUCAACCUUCCUGCCGAGGAAGUACCACCUGAGCUCCCAGAGCCAGCACUUGGGAUAAAUUUUGCUAGGGAUGGAAUGAAUCGUAGAGAUUGGCUUUCCCUCGUUGCUGUUCACAGUGAUUGUUGGUUGCUUUCUGUGUCUUUCUAUUUUGGAGCUCGCCUUAACCGAAAUGAAAGGAAGCGUCUAUUCAGCAUGAUGAAUGAUCUGCCCACCGUCUUUGAAGUUGUGACAGAAAGAAAGCCUCUAAAAGAUAAGCCCAGUGCAGAUAGUGGGAGCAGAUCACGUGGUAGCAUAAAGAGAUCUAAUGAUGGUCAGGCUAAAAGCACCCCAAACCUGGCAGAUGAAAGCUACGAGGAGGAUGAAGAAGAACAUGGGGAAACACUCUGUGGAAGCUGUGGUGGGAACUACAGCGCUGAUGAAUUUUGGAUUGGCUGUGACAUCUGUGAGAAGUGGUACCAUGGAAAGUGUGUGAAGAUAACACCUGCUAAAGCUGAGAGUAUAAAGCAAUACAAAUGCCCGUCUUGUAUGAAGCGGGCAAGACAGUAGUCAUCUCAUGAAUCAGAGGACAGGGGGGCAUCAAUCCUAUUGUUUCGCCAUUAACAGAAUAGUACAGCAAUAUUACAUUUGUAAUGGAUAUGCUAUUGUAAUUUUUCUUUUCUUAUAUAUGCUUAGAAAGGGGAUAAAGAGGUUUCUCUUCUAUCCUUGAUC